CAGCUGCGCCGGCUCUUCGUCGCGACGGCCAUCCCCAUGGUGGGCUUCGGGUUCGUGGACAACAGCGUCAUGAUCGCGAGCGGCGAGUUCCUCGAGGUCCAGCUCGGCGCGCUCUUCGCGGUGUCCACGCUCGCGGCCGCGGGGCUUGGCAACCUCGUGAGCGACGUCGUGGGCCUCGGGGCCGGC